AUGAUAACUUUGAACAAAGCUAACUAUUUGUUUCCUAGCAACUGUGAAUUUUAUUCAAAGGAUGUCAGCCAACUGGGUUCUCUCUUAACUGGAUGCAAGUAUGACGUGAUUGUAAUAGAUCCACCAUGGUUGAAUAAGGCUGUCAGAAGGAAGAAGCUGAAGAAUAAUAAUGGGUAUCAGAUGAUGAGCAAUGAUCAUCUUGCAGAUAUCCCUAUUCAGAGUUUGCUUAGUGAUGAAGGUAUAUUAAUAGUUUGGUGCACAAAUUCUCUGAGCCACAUGAAGGCAUUGACUGAAGAUAUAUUUGAAAAAUGGAAUGUUAAACUGGCUGCCAAAUGGUUUUGGCUUAAAGUCACGAAAUCCGGUGAACCAAUUAUUAAUUUCACUGAACCACCUGCUAAACUUCCUUUUGAACAGAUAAUUAUAGCUACUAAAGCUACUUACACAAAUGAGUUAUUGACCAAAAGCAACAGGAAGAUUAUAGUUAGUAUACCAAGUGCAAUUCAUUCCCAUAAACCGCCGCUCGAGGAAGUGGUACGACCAUACAUGAAGGGUAAGGAUGGAAAGAAAUUGGAAGUGUUUGCAAGGUACCUGCUCCCAGGAUGGACGAGUUUCGGAUGGGAAGUUUUAAGGUUACAACAUGAAUGCCUAUACAAUUGUUCUUGAUUAUUUCGUGUUCUUUUUUUAUAACAAAACAUAUAUUAUUAAAACAUAAUAAAAACAAUAUAUAGUCUCUAUCCAAUCUAUAUAUCACAAUUUUCGAAUAAAAUUCGAAUAAUACUAAA